CACACACUUCUGGAGGGGGAUGGCGGGCCUCAUCGCUCCAGGACGAUGCGGUCCCACCAGUCACUGCUGGUGUCCAGACGCCAGAUGUGGUGAGGCACGCCAGCACCCGGGCGCUGCCGCAGCUGCUCCAUGGCCCCCAGGGUGGCCAGGCGAAGAGUUCCUUCCAUGUUCUCCUGACUAUCCAUGGAGCAUGCAGGCAUCCUGAAGAGCUAUGAAAAUAUCACUCAGCCCAUAGGGACCAGAACCUGUACAGACACUGUUCCGUAUGAUGACCUAUUCUGUGAGUGAGCCUGGCGAGAACCAGACCAUCUCCGAUGGCUUCAUCCUGGUGGGCUUUUCCUACCUUAAUGAGCUGCAAAUCCUUCUGUUUCUGCUGCUUCUGGUCAUCUAUCCAGUUGCGCUGGUGGGGAACCUACUUGUUAUCCUCCUGAUAAUACUAAACUCCUCUCUCCACACCCCCAUGUAUUUCUUCCUUGUGAACCUGUCUCUCUUGGAAAUCUGCUACACCACCAAUGUGACCCCUCAGCUGCUGGUUCACCUGCUGGUGGAGCAAAAGACCAUCUCAUUUGUGGGCUGUAUGGUCCAGAUGUUGGUCUUCAGCACCUUGGUUCUCGCAGAAUGCUGCCUCCUCGCAGCCAUGGCCUACGACCGCUAUGUGGCCAUAUGCCGCCCCUUGCACUACACCACCAUCAUGAAUGGCCGAGCAUGUGCGCUGCUCUCGGGUGUUUCUUUGACCAUUGGGCUCUUGGUGGAAUCAGCUGACACCACAUGGCUUUUCAGCCUGCCCUUCUGUGGCUCCAAUCACAUCCACCACUUCUUCUGCGACAUCCGACCAAUAGAGAAGAUGGUGUGCGCCGAUACAUGGAAGAAUGAGAUCCUGGGCUUGACUGUUUCCACGCUGUUCAUCAUGGGCCCUUUUGUACUGAUUAUCCUGUCCUACAUCCUCAUCAUCUCCACCAUCAUCAAGCUGCCAUCAGCGGAGGGGAGGCGUAAAGCCUUCUCCACCUGCUCCUCCCACCUCAUGGUGGUGACUUUGUUCUACGGAACUUGCCUUUCAACUUAUCUAAAACCCAUGUCUAGCUACACACCAGAGAGUGAUCACUUGAUUUCCCUCAUUUACACAGUUGUGACACCCAUUUUGAACCCCAUAAUAUACAGUCUGAGGAACAAAGAGGUGCAUAGAGCCUUCAGAAAAACUCUGGAGAAGAGUGUCUGUUCCCACAACCAGAGAAACUAGAGAAUGAAAAGGAGAGUUACCUUAAACAGUGGAAAAGAGGGACAAUCAUUAACAUUUUCUUGAAUUUCUUCUGAUGACAUUCAUUUUUAACUGAUAUUUUGUUUCUGGCAACUUGGACUUGUUGUAAAUCCUUCCAGCAAAUUCAAAUAGAUAAUUUUGUUACCAUAAAAGUAAAUCUAUAUACAGGGAAAUUUCUAUCACUACUUUGUCGGUGAGGUCUAAAUUCACUGAACCAUCACCUGAGAAUAUUAAUGAAAGUACUUUCCUGAUUUUAUAUCUUCCAAAUUUGAAAUGCCAAAUAAAAAAAA